AGGUCACUGCUUGCGUUGGAGAUUCAGGGCAGUGCGUGGACACCGGAGCCGGGGAGAGAAAUUUGUGAAAGCAGCCCAGAAGGAGCGGACGGACCCAGUCCUUCAGAAAAGGUAGCCGUAUCUUCAAGAAUUUUAUUCCACGGAACCACCGGAGAAAAUAGAGUUGAAGCCCUCCGUGAGCUGACCGGGGCUUUAAGGAACUUGGCAUACGGCGAGUGAAAGCAUCCAGAAAGAAAGUUGAAGCAGUAAAACUGGCGCAGAGUGGCCGGAACGAUCAGUUCAUUUACUUUACAUCCAUUCAGCUGUCAUCCUUCUGACAAUGGGAUGACUGCGUUCUACCUAACCUGAAACAACCCCAGGAAAUACCUCCUCCUGAUGUCAGACGAUUCAGACUCCAAGCCCUAUCCCUUGCCGGUUCCGGCAGAUCGGGAUGGAGCCUCGGCUUCGAGCAGUUCCGUCUCCAGCGGAGCCUCGGGGUGCAGUCCCAUGGCACAGAUGCGCUGGGUGGGCAGCUACGCCCAGGGCAGACCUGACCUUGGACUGCCCUCCGAGGGCAGUGACAGCAGCGGUCAGGACCCCGCCCUCUCUCCUCACAACGUGCGCAAGACAACGCGUUCUCGGUUGUCCCCCGAGGAGGACGUGGAGAUGAAGAGCAGUGGGUCCAGUGGUAGCGGGACAGAAUCGCAUGGCAACGAGAGUCAUGGGAAUGACAGCAACGGCCACGAGUCAACGGGCAGCUCCAACAGCCGCAGUAAAGACUCGGCAUUGCUCGAAUCUUUAGGUAGCAAUAAAAGCUCCAACUCCCACAGCCCAUCGCCUCCCAGCAGCUCCAACGCCUACAGUCUGCUGAGCUCGGAGCAGGACAACCCUUCAACCAGCGGCUGCAGUAGUCAGGAGUCCGCGAAAGCCAAGAACCAGAAGGAGGUGAUUAAAACGCUGAAGGAGCUCAAACUCCACGUGCCAGCUGACAAGCAGCACAGCAGCAAGUCGACCACGCUSAGCGCGCUGAAAUACGCCCUGCGCUGUGUGAAGCAAGUGGAAGCGAAUGAGGAGUACUACCAGCUGAUGAUGGUCAAUGACAGUCAUCCCUCUGGCCUGGAUGUUUCUUCUUACACCAUAGAGGAGAUAGACAGCAUCACUUCAGAGUACACCCUCAAAAGCAACGACAUUUUUGCAGUGGCGGUGUCCCUGAGCACAGGAAAAAUCAUCUACAUAUCUGACCAGGCUGCCUCCAUCCUCAACUGUAAACGAGAUGCUUUCAAAGACUCUAAGUUUGUGGAGUUUCUKAUGCCGCAGGACAUCAGUGUGUUCUACAGCUUCACCACGCCGUACCGCCUGCCGUCCUGGAGCAUGUGCACUGGAGCAGAUCCGUCUCCUUCUGACUAUAUGCAGGAGAAGUCCUUUUUCUGUCGUAUCAGUGGCGGUAAGGAGUUCAAGGGUGAUUUGCGGUACUAUCCGUUCCGCAUGACCCCUUAUCUGAUGAAGGUGCAGGAUGUGGCUCAUGAUGAAGACCAGUUCUGCUGCCUCCUGCUGGCUGAGAGGGUUCACUCUGGAUACGAAGCACCCAGAAUUCCACCAGAUAAACGCAUUUUCACCACCACRCACACUCCAAAUUGUGUAUUUCAGGAUGUGGAUGAGAGAGCCGUUCCUCUCCUGGGCUACCUCCCCCAGGACCUCAUCGGUACUCCGAUUCUUUUCCACCUGCAUCCCAACGACCGGCCCGUCAUGCUGGCCAUUCAUAGAAAAAUCAUACAGUACGCAGGGCAACCAUUCGACCACUCGUCCAUCCGCUUCUGUGCUCAAAAUGGAGAAUACAUCGUCCUGGACACCAGCUGGUCCACCUUCGUGAACCCCUGGAGCAGAAAGGUUUCCUUCAUUAUCGGGAGGCAUAAAGUUCGCAUGGGCCCCAUGAAUGAGGACAUUUUCAUGGCUCCGGUCUCAUGCAAGGGUCACAUGAAAAAUAUGGACUCAGAUAUCCAGGAAAUAACAGAGCAGAUUCAUCGGCUUUUGCUGCAGCCGGUUCACAACAGUGGAUCGAGUGGUUACAGCAGUCUUAACAGCAAUGAGUACCUUCAGGGCAUGACCUCCUCCUCUAGUGAGAGCCUGAACAACGGUAAACAAGGAAAAAUCCAACAAAAGGAAGGGGAGCAGAGCAGCAAAAGCAGACCUCGUACUUUUCAGGAAAUUUGCAAGGGAAUUCAUCUUCAGAAGAACCAAGAGCAGCAGACGGCAAAAUCAGAACACAAACGAAGCAAUGCCAUGUCAGGACAGAACAGCCAGGCGGUUGUACGUCUCAAAGACUCGGCUCCCCCGAUCAGCUGGAAGGAAGCCACCGCCGCCGACAGUCGAGUCUCUUUUCACGAGGAGCUCGGCCUCAACGAUCAGACUGCCUACUCCUACCAGCAAAUCAGCUGUCUGGACAGUGUUAUCAGGUACUUGGAGAGCUAUAAUGUCCCUGUCAUCAUGAAGAGAAAAUGUCAGUCAUCCUCCAACACCACCUCCUCUAACUCUGACGAGGACAGACAGAAGAAGUCGCAUGCCGUGCAGGUCUCUGAAGAACCAACCUUAUCGAAGGAUCAGUCCGGCAUUUCUGCUUUGGAUGAUCCUCACAAAAAGACCAGUSACCCCGCCACUGCGGUAGUGGGCACUUCGAUGCCCCUACCGGUGCCAAACAAACCAGAAAGUGUGGUGUCCAUUACCAGCCAAUGUAGCUACAGUAGCACUAUAGUGCAUGUUGGGGACAAGAAACCUCAGCCAGAGUCAGAGAUCACAGAAGACGUACCUGUUGCAGGAGACAUGCCAGAAUCCAGCCAGAGCAUCAACACUCCUCGUCCAGUUUCACCUCCCAGCCAGGAGAUGGAGUCCUACAAGAAACUGGGUCUGACUAAGCAGGUGCUGGCAGCUCAUACGCAGAAGGAGGAGCARGCCUUUCUCUGUCGCAUUCGAGAGCUUCGAGGACUCACUCCCCACAAAGCAAACGGCUCCCCGCCCCUGRACCAACAGAGAGAUGAACGCACCAUCACUGCUGCGCACACUGUUCAACCCAGAAAGCAAGAAGGUCAAAAACCAGAGCCGCGCCGAGGAACACGAAACAAGAAGACCAAAACCAAGAGAGCAAAGCUUCUCACUUCUGCGAGCGCUGCGCCUGCCCCUCACAAGGAGCGACCGCCGCAGCAGCUCCCUCCUCAGAUGAACCAGAGCCAUACGCAGACCYCGGUGUCUCCAUCUGAUGCCUCACAGCCUGCUUUCCCUGCACCAUAUCCUGUCAUGCUGCCAGGCUACCCAAUGCAAAUCUACGCCAGAACAGAUUCUGCGUUGUCACACACAGAAGCUCUGCCACAAGACUUGGGGRAUAACCAGGGUGCCCAACUCCCUUUGUUGUUCCCGGGCACUCAGUCUCCCCCUGUAACCUCUCAUAUGGUCACACCUAUUAUGGCUUUUGUGCUGCCCAACUACUUAUACCCUUUAAUUGGACAUCCAGCACCGCCGGUGCCGGUGUAUCAGGUGGACGCUGGGGGUGUCCCGAUGCAAGYGCCGCCAUUUGAUCAGACUGCUUUCCCAAGCCAUGCUGCCUUCGCAAGCCCACCUUUCGUCAACRGUCAGAACCAGCUCAACCCGACGUUAGCAUCCUACCUGUCGCCGCCUUUCUACUUCCCUUCCUCCCCUGACACCCCGAAGCCCCCGGCGGAAGGCCGCUCCCGCUCCUCCACACCGCAGUCUGGUGAAAGUGAAGGCCAGGCGCCCCCGCCUCUGUUCCAGUCCCGCUGCAGCUCGCCCCUGAACCUGCUGGAGCUGGAGUUCUCCGUGGACAGGCAGGACAAUGCGCCUCACUCUUCAGCAGGACAAGGGAGUAACGCGGCUGAGAGGGAGAAAGGAGCAAGCGCCAGCAAAGCAAAGGAGAGGGAGAUGAAAGAGCCCUCUCUCAGUCUACUUGGUCCACCUGGACCCUUGUAUUUCCAACCCACAUCCUGUGUCUGUGAGCGUUUGUCUUGGGAUAAAGUGUGGUCUAGGCUUGGGGCUGGCAGCAACGAGAGGAGCGACGAAGGUAACAACAGCGAUGUCAUCUCAACAUCCAGCGACAUGCUGGACAUCAUCCUUCAAGAGGACUCCUGUUCAGGCACCGGCUCAGCCACCUCAAGCUCCAUGGGCUCCGGCUCCAAUGGCUUUGGGACUUCAGCGAGCGGGAUGUCCAAGAGCAGGACGUCAGCCAGCGGCGCCUCGGCCAGUGGGACAUCAAGCAGUUUUUCAGGAAGCAACAACAGCAGUAAAUACUUUGGCAGCGUGGACUCAUCUCAGAGCAGCCUGACGCCCAAAGGCCUCCUUAGGAGCAGUGAGGAAAGACCAGCGGAGACAGAGCUCCUCAAGUGUGUCCUGCAGGACCCCGUCUGGCUKCUGAUGGCCAACACGGAUGAGAAAGUCAUGAUGACCUACGAGCUGCCCUCGCGGGACAUUGACAGAGUGCUGGAAGAAGACAAUGAGAAGAUAAGGGUGCUGCAGCAAUGCCAGCCCCACUUGUCAGUGGACCAGAGGAAGGAGCUGUGCGAGGUCCACCCCUGGAUACAGAAGGGAGAGUUACCCAAAGCCAUCAACGUUGAGGGAUGCACCUGGUGUGACAGCACCUCAGAGACUGCAGCGACAGUUGGAGUGGAAGACCAGCCAGAUUUGGGACUGGGUGAUAUGGAGACUGGAGAGGACUGCUGCCCCGAGAGGCUCAGAGGCGAACCU